CUCAAUGAGACACCCUAUAUGUAUAUACGUAUGUAGGUGGAUACGUUAAAAAUCGUGAAGGCAAUGCGCCUCUGGCGGCCAACCGCGCAAACAAUCGUUGCGGAAAUAAUUAUCGCGAUUUAUAUUAUUUGCAAAUGCGAGGAGAAUCGUUAAUGAGGGUUAUGCCAAGUAGCGGCGAUUAGAGUGAUAAAGGGGUCCUGAAGUGAUCCCAGUUACACUUUGUGUGAGUGAAAAGUCGUUCUCGGUACGGGAAUGGACUUGACAGAAACUAUGAAAAACAUUGUUGCCAAAGGUAUGCAAACCGAAAUGGGACCACCAGGCGGAGGUUCUGGUUAUCCUGGGACACCCAGCAGUGCUGGUUACGUUACUGAAAAGAUGUAUAUGUUAUUACAAGCUUAUCUUCAGAAUAAGGGUUGGAAUCCAAGCAUCGAACUACUUCAAUGUUUCUCCGAAUUCAAAGAUGCAUCCAUGAUCCCAAGUGCUGCUUACUUGCAGAUGAUGGCAUCGAGAAUAGCUUUGGACUCUCAGGGAAGGCUAGUUCUUAGAGAAAAUGGGAAAAUAAUAUUGCCCUAUGAACAUUUUGCAAAUGCUGUGAUGUUGAAACAUAUGAAUGGUCCGCAUGGUCUGCAUUUGGGCUUAGAGGGCACAGUUAGGGCUGUCAUGGAAUCUUACACUAUUGGCCGAGAAUGCUUUGGUAUGGAAAAAGAAUUUAUAAUAGAGGUGGUACAAAACUGUCCAAAUCCUGCUUGCCGUUAUUAUAAGAAUCAACUUGAAUUAACUCAAAAAAUGGGACAUAUGGCGCCAACUUAUAUCCAAGAUAAUGAAACGACAGCUUCUCUUUUACGUAGUAGUUUUCCUCAUAAUACAGAUUUCCAAACAAGUUUAAGCAGCGCCAAUCCGAACACUCAUAUGGGAGGAGGAUCGACAGCGGAUUUGGCAGAGAUCAGAGGUGCUGGAAACCAAAUGAAUCUUCAACGUCCUCCGAGCCGUCCAUCGUUAAAUAUUCCGCAUAGACCCUCGUCCCAAGAGAAAAAAGUAGCUGCUGCCAAGCAGCACUACGAAUCCUUGGUACCUAAUAUCGCGAUGUCUGAUCAUAAAUUAACAGACUUCUUAAGGACGAACUUGGAUAAUUUGGACAAUCUUACUGGACUUGGCCUAGGAAAUCUACAAGGAAUAGGAAACGCGAAUAAGGAUUUGUUAGCUUUACACAAUGGAGCCUGGCCAUUGGAAAACGAGAAAGGUUCUCGAGGAUCUUCCAAUUCAGAAGGUGGUCAAGAGAAAAUAGUCAGAGCUUUCGCAGAAGUGAUGAAGAACAUGGCAAGAAUGAAGGCCUGCGUACGUCCAGCGAUGUGCAAACCGUACGGAAAACAGUCGGAGGCUUUGCAAAAAACGUUGGUGGAUACGAUACAGCUUGUACAGUCGCUAAGAAGUUUCCUGCCACCUCCGCAUAUUCCUGUAUCAAGCUGGAAAAACGAAGACAAACAUCGAUUAGAUCAUACGGGUACUACUUAUCUACCACCAUUAAAGACUGGAGGUUUAGAAGAGUUAUGCGAACAACGCAAGCUAGACUAAACGAUAAUGUCUUCUCGCUUUUGAAGCGGCUGACUUUGCGCUCUAUGAUGUCCUAGUCAUGUGGUGUUUAUGGGUUAGAUGGGUGUUUUUGUAUUUUAAACAACCCGAAGGAUUGCUCAAAUGUUGUUGGCGUUUAGGACUUCAAAACAAAAAAAAAUUACUAAGAGUCAUGCGUGGACUGUGAUAAACGUGGGUAGUGAAAAAAAAUUUAUAUGUAGUCAAUCGAAACUCACACCGUUAUUUCAAAUUCGAAUUAGCUUUAUUUUGUUGCUAAUAAGUUUACUUCGAAUUUUCACGACCUGCCUAUGGGGCUUAGUUAGCGAUAGAUAAUUCUGAAUUAUCUAUCCCGUAGUUUCUUAAACAAUUUGCAUAUAUAUUAUGAACGCGUAUAUCGUCAAACGGCAUUUAUAUUUUAUUGUUACUCACUGAUUUAACAGCUCACCGUUUGUGUUCCAAUAAUUACCUAAUUAACAUUGUAUUAUAAAGACUCUCUGUUACAUAAAUUAACAUUUUAUAUGCACAUAUUCGAAGUUUGGGCAAAGUGCUCUGCGUAUAAGUUCGACGAGUUUGAUAAUUUAAAUAUCGGAGUGUGAAAUAAGCAAUCGUCAUUCUUGUUAUAUCACUCGACCUCGCAAUUUUAUUUAAUUCUUUUUUUAUACGAUAUUUAUUGUAUAACUAUGUGAAGUAUUGCUCCGAUUCGAAGGAUUGAAACCGCGGAAAUGUUAACCAGUUAAAGAAGCUGUUCAAUUUAUACAUAUGUAAGUUUUUUAAAAAUUGCAUUGUAUAAAUUAUUGUUUAUUUAUAAAAGUAUAUCGAGAAUUAUAUUGUUGUUACGUCUAGUUAUUAUUACAAGUUUAUAUUCGAAACUUGAAAUAAUUUUGUAAGCUCCAUGGGCAGUAGCGCGCGGUGUGCACGUAAAAUAAAUAUCAUUGGUCAAUUCAUAAAUAUUUUUCGAGAAACAUAUUAUUUCGUUAUUAUAUAAGAACGAAAAAAAAACGUUGCAUUAUUAGGAAACUCUUGAAACGUGAUACGCACCGAUGCUCAAAAUUUUUUCUCUCUGUGCAUUGAUAUCACUUAUGAAUGAUAUUACUUCUGCGAAUCACGGAAAGUCGUGAUCAAUCAUGAGAAGAGGAAAGUAUGCGUUGUCUUAAUCGAAAGUUUCUUCGAUUGAAUGCAUUUUAUUUUGAUCGUAGGAGCAAAGCCGUUUUAAAACUCGAUUGUUAUACGCAUAUCUGCGAUGGUAAAAUGUUUCCUUCUUGCUCGAUAAAUAUCAGAAUAGUGAUACUAUAUGUUUCCGACUAUAAACAAUAAUAAAUUUGUGUAAAACGAAUGCGUGGAAUAAGUACGAAUGCGUGGAUCUUGUUUGUACACAGAUUUCGAUGGAUGGUAGACACUUUUCGGCUAUCAAAUAGCAAAAUUUUAUAUGAAUGUGUGGCGAACGGAUUCUGUUUUAAAUAUCUCUCGAUAAUCGUAUCUGUUAUAAAACUCAUGUAUAUUUAUUUAUAAUAACCGCAGGAUACAAUUGUUAACAGGGCUCAGAUUUCUGUGAUUCACAAUCUAUACCCUUGCAUUAAAAUAUCGUUUGAACUAAUCUUUUAUAUUUUAAACAUUUUAAAAAUAGUAGGAAGGGGUAAAACAUGUAGUUAUUUACAUGGGCUUUAUGCUAUUUUUUCUCUACUCACAAUCAGUUUUACUUUAUUCUAUAUUAGAGAUCAUACAAAAAAUAGCUGCGGGAUAUCAAUAAAGCUCAUUAAUGAAACUUACUGUCAGGUUAAAUUUCAUCUGUCUGCUGAUAAUGUUAGGGGCAAAACGAUUCUACGGUUACUGUGCAGUGUUUUCUGAUUACGCUUGAUAUUAGGACAAAGCAGUGGCACAGGUCGUGGUUUCUGUUAACGGGCUUUAUCCACAUUGGGCGCACAGAAUGUUACAAAUUGUGCAACGUUUGGCAUCUGAAAUAUCACCGUAAUUUAAGUCCUGUAAAUAUCCACCGUUCUACUCCGUUUUGUUAUGUUAAUUGAGAUGAUCUUAAGAAUUAAGGCUGCUGCAAUAUCGUCUAUGAAUAAUCCAACGACUUACCUGUUACGCACCAAAGUUAUAUUCGCGAGUAACGAUUGUAGUUCGUUCUACGAGAAUGUCUUGGCGAUAUUCCUAAUGAUACCAUUUUUUAAUGACGUAUCAUUGUGAUAAUAUUAAAACAAGAGUUCCGAAAAUAAUGAAUUGUGGAAUUAAAAAAAAAGAAUCCAGGCUGAUAUGUCCUGUACGAUAUCCUGGAAAAUUUCUUAGAUUUUUAAUUUCGCGAACAGAGAAGAUUAGUCACUAUUAGAAAAGAGUAUUGUAAACGGAUCAAUUUUUGCAGAGACAUCGUCAACGUGUCCUUGUAGGGCAGAAUCUGCAAUCGAUUUAUUUCUUCUAGUAGUUAUUAUAAAACUAACGUGGACAUAUAAUUGUUUGUCUUGCUUGUCGGAGCCCUCGACACGACUAAGCAUAUCUAUAAGCCGGCAAUAUGUAUGCCAAAUAAAAAAGUAAGAUUGGCAGAGAGAGAGAGAGAGAGAGAGAGAGAGAGAGAGAGAGAGAGAGAGAGAAUGAGAGAAAGUACGGAAAGUCUGAUGAUUCAAAACAAGGUACAAAUGCCGAGUCUCGAGACAAAUAAAAGAGCGUCAGUAGGCGUGCGUGUACGUGUAUACGUGUGAAUGAUUUGUUCAGGGAAUCGAAAUAGUUUCCGAAUUUUAAUCGCUCUCGCGCCAUAUUUAAUACCAAUAGAAACCGUGUACAAGUUUCUCUGCACCUUUUUGACUUUUUCACAGUAAGAUUGAUCGUUGUAAGAUGCGCACCGUCGUCGUUUAUACGAUAGUGUAAACGAACAAUCGAACACAAUGAUGAUGGUGAUGAUAAUGAUGAUGAUGAUGAUGAUGAUGAUGAUGAUGAUGAAUUUAUAAUACACCAAACGCUACCGCUGUAUCUGCACAUUAAGCUCUCGUUGUCGCUUGCCAGUAUUGCUCUCCUGUAUUCACGCAUAAUUCUAACCGAUGAACAGCAAUCAUUAAAGUUUUUACAAGUGUGA